UAUGAAUUGAACCCAUAGAAGACUUAUAUUUUGUUAAAUAUUGCAGUAUUAACAAAUGUCUUGUUGUAGAACCUACAUUUCUCCAUGGAAAGAAAAACUAAAAUCCUUAUUUUUCUUGUUAAAAUGAGUGUAGAGGGUUGGUCAGUCUGCUGGGUUUCAUUGUCAUAAUUAUUCUUUUUAAACCUUUAAUAAAAAUGCAUAUUUUCACUAAAAUUCAGUCUUUCGCUGUGUUAUUACAUCCUAUUUUCAUGUCUUUUAUUUGCUUUAUGCAUUUGCAUUUACACUGAAAAUGUAUCAGGAAUAUUAUCGUUUUUUAAACAAAAUGCAUCAGGGCUUUGCUGCAUAGAAUUUCAGACUGCACUUUGUCUUUUAUUGUUUUUAAUUAUUGCACUCAUUAGAAGAUCAUCACCUGAACAGGCCUCAUACAAAAACAUUCAAAUCUGAAAAUAAACCAACACAAUCACAGUUAUGAUCAAUUUACAAAAGUCCAAAUGAAAAUCAAAAUCUUUGCGGUUUCAACUGUACAUGGUGGAUGUGUGACGGAUGGGUGUCUCUCUGGGGGGUGGACUAAAUGAUCAGUUCUUUCCAAUGGUCCACCCCCCAUUUCUCUCUCACCAGGUUUUUGUUUUUCCUAAAGGCCCAAGACUGCACUGGGUUUCAGACUGCACAGCCAAACACUGCACUGAAUACUCCAUCCUUUUUAGAAACGAGCCGCUUUCUUCUUCUGUGUCUGUCAGCGCAGUGUGUCACAGGGGCGGGGUCUUCUGGUGGGAGGAGUUCUGACAGCCUGCAGUGACGCAGAGUUGGAAUAUAUGGAGAAAAUGUAAAUGGCGUGCGCUGAUUUGUCACUGUGGCUGUUUGAAGUGUUCCUGCAGUGCUCUUAUAAGGCAGCAGUGAGUGUGAUUGGUGGGGGGGAAAGAGUGUGCUCUCUCAGAGGGGGGCCGGGUGUGUGCACAGGGCUCAGUCUCUCUGAGAGCUCAGAGGUGAAGGUGUGAGCAUCCACUCUGCUCUGAGGAAGGUUUGGUUUGUUUGCGCUGAAGAUGGAGAGAUGUCUGUUCUUUCUCUCGCUAUCCUCCCUGCUCCUGCUCUCCACAGUCAGCAGUGAGGAUGUGAGGCUGGUGAAUGGAGGCAGCCCCUGUGCUGGGAGAGUGGAGGUUUACCAUCAGGGAGAGUGGGGGACAGUGUGUGAUGAUGACUGGGAUAUGCCAGAUGCUGGGGUGGUGUGUAGACAGCUGGGCUGUGGAGAUGCUGUAGAAGCACCAGGAGAUGCUCGCUUUGGCCCAGGGUCUGGGACAAUAUGGAUGAGUGAUGUGUCCUGCGGGGGAUCAGAAUCCACACUGAAGGAGUGUCGCUCACUAGGAUGGAGUGAACAGGACUGUGAUCAUGGAGAGGAUGCUGGAGUGAUCUGCUCAGCCCAUCGUAAGGUCAGGCUGGUGGGCGGGGCUGACCUGUGCUCUGGGAGAGUAGAGAUGCAUCAUGGGAGCUCCUGGGGCACGGUGUGUGAUGCUGACUUUGACCAGCGGGACGCAGAGGUUGUGUGCAGGGAGCUGGGCUGUGGAGUUCCUAAAGAGCUGCGGGGGGCAGCUGCGUUUGGCCAGGGGGAGGGCCAGGUGUGGGCAGAGGAGAUUCAGUGUUCAGGCAACGAAUCUCACAUUUGCUUCUGUCCCAAAGCACCCUCACAGAAUCAACCCUGCUCCCAUGGAAACGAUGUGGGACUGGUGUGUUCUGGCAGUGAGGAUGUGAGGUUGGUGAAUGGAGGCAGCCCCUGUGCUGGGAGAGUGGAGGUUUAUCAUCAGGGAGAGUGGGGGACAGUGUGUAGUUUUCACUGGGAUAUGACAGAUGCUGGGGUGGUGUGUAGACAGCUGGGCUGUGGAGAUGCUGUAGCAGCACCACAAUAUGGUCACUUUGGCCCAGGGUCUGGGACAAUAUGGAUGAGUGAUGUGUCCUGCAGGGGAUCAGAAUCCACACUGAAGAAGUGUCGCUCACUAGGAUGGGGUAUACAUGGCUGUCAUCAUGGAAAGGAUGCUGGAGUGAUCUGCUCAGGCAACGUCAGGCUGGUGGGCGGGGCUGGCCUGUGCUCUGGGAGAGUAGAGAUGCAUCAUGGGAGCUCCUGGGGCACGGUGUGUGAUGCUGACUUUGACCAGCGGGACGCAGAGGUUGUGUGCAGGGAGCUGGGCUGUGGAGUUCCUAAAGAGCUGCGGGGGGCAGCUGCGUUUGGCCAGGGGGAGGGCCAGGUGUGGGCAGAGGAGAUUCAGUGUUCAGGCAACGAAUCUCACAUUUACUUCUGUCCCAAAGCACCCUCACAGAAUCAACCCUGCUCCCAUGGAAACGAUGUGGGACUGGUGUGUUCUGGCAGUGAGGAUGUGAGGCUGGUGAAUGGAGGCAGCCCCUGUGCUGGGAGAGUGGAGGUUUACCAUCAGGGAGAGUGGGGGACAGUGUGUCAUUGGGGCUGGGAUAUGACAGAUGCUGGGGUGGUGUGUAGACAGCUGGGCUGUGGAGAUGCUGUAGCAGCACCACGAUAUGGUCACUUUGGCCCAGGGUCUGGGAGAAUAUGGAUGAGUGAUGUGUCCUGCAGGGGAUCAGAAUCCACAUUGAAGAAGUGUCGCUCACAAGGAUGGGGUAAACAUGGCUGUCAUCAUGGAGGGGAUGCUGGAGUGAUCUGCUCAGGCAGUGAGGAUGUGAGGUUGGUGGAUGGUGUCAGCCCCUGUGCUGGGAGAGUGGAGGUUUACCAUCAGGGAGAGUGGGGGACAGUGUGUGAUUAUCGCUGGGAUAUGCCAGAUGCUGGGGUGGUGUGUAGACAGCUGGGCUGUGGAAAUGCUGUAGAAGCACCAGGAGGUGCUCGUUUUGGCCCAGGGUCUGGGAGAAUAUGGAUGGAUGAUGUGUCCUGCGGGGGAUCAGAAUCCACACUGAAGACGUGUGGGUCACGAGGGUGGGGUGAAAAUGGCUGUCAUCAUGGAUGGGAUGCUGGAGUGAUCUGCUCAGCUCCAGCCCCUCGAAAGGUCAGGCUGGUGGGCGGGGCUGAUCUGUGCUCGGGGAUAGUAGAGAUGCAUCAUGGGAGCUCCUGGGGCACGGUAUGUGAUGCUGACUUUGACCAGCGGGACGCAGAGGUUGUGUGCAGGGAGCUGGGCUGUGGAGUUCCUAAAGAGCUGUGGGGGGCAGCUGCGUUUGGCCAGGGGGAGGGCCAGAUGUGGGCAGAGGAGAUUCAGUGUUCAGGCAACGAAUCUCACAUUUGCUUCUGUCCCAAAGCACCCUCACAGAAUGAAUCCUGCUCCCAUGGAAACGAUGUGGGACUGGUGUGUUCUGGCAGUGAGGAUGUGAGGCUGGUGAAUGGAAGCAGCCCCUGUGCUGGGAGAGUGGAGGUUUACCAUCAGGGAGAGUGGGGGACAGUGUGUGAUGAUGACUGGGAUAUGCCAGAUGCUGGGGUGGUGUGUAGACAGCUGGGCUGUGGAGAUGCUGUAGAAGCACCAGGAGAUGCUCACUUUGGACAAGGGUCUGGGACAAUAUGGAUGAGUGAAGUGUCCUGCAUGGGAUCAGAAUCCACACUGAAGGAGUGUCGCUCACAAGGAUGGGGUAACAAUUACUGUGGUCAUGGAGAGGAUGCUGGAGUGAUCUGCUCAGGCAGUGAGGAUGUGAGGCUGGUGAAUGGAGGCAACCCCUGUGCUGGGAGAGUGGAGGUUUACCAUCAGGGAGAGUGGGGGACAGUGUGUCAUUGGGGCUGGGAUAUGCCAGAUGCUGGGGUGGUGUGUAGACAGCUGGGCUGUGGAGAUGCUGUAGAAGCACCAAGAAAUGCUCACUUUGACCCAGGGUCUGGGAGAAUAUGGAUGAGUGAAGUGUCCUGCAGGGGAUCAGAAUCCACACUGAAGAAAUGUCACUCACCAGGAUGGGGUGUACAUUACUGUGGUCAUGGAGAGGAUGCUGGAGUGAUCUGCUCAGCCCAUCGUAAGGUCAGGCUGGUGGGCGGGUCUGACCUGUGCUCUGGGAGAGUAGAGGUGCAGCAUGGGAGCUCCUGGGGCACGGUGUGUGAUGCUGACUUUGACCAGCGGGACGCAGAGGUUGUGUGCAGGGAGCUGGGCUGUGGAGUUCCUAAAGAGCUGUGGGGGGCAGCUGCGUUUGGCCAGGGGGAGGGCCCGGUGUGGGCAGAGGAGAUUCAGUGUUCAGGCAAGGAAUCUCACAUUUACUACUGUCCCAAAGCACCCUCACAGAAUCAACCCUGCUCCCAUGGAAACGAUGUGGGACUGGUGUGUUCUGGGUACACUGAGUCCAGGCUGGCUGACGGCCCUGAUAACUGCUCUGGUCGAGUGGAGUUGCAGCACCUGGAUAACUGGGGGACAGUGUGUGAUGCAUGCUGGGACAGGAGAGCCUCCAAUGUCCUCUGUCAGCAGCUGAAGUGUGGGACUGCAGUGGCAGUGCCAGGACAGGCCUGGUUUGGAGAGGGGAGUGGGCCAAUCAGAGCCGAUGUGUUUGAUUGCCAUGGGAACGAGACACGCCUCUCACACUGUGCUGUUUCCUCAUGGAGCCGAGCUUUGCUCUCACAUGGACAGGAUGCUGGAGUCAUCUGCUCUGGCUCUGCCCUCUCAGCUCUGGACGGGACGGUGCGGCUGGCUGGAGAGGGUGCGUGUGAGGGCCAGGUGGAGGUGUACUACCAGCAGACCUGGAGCAGAGUGGGGGGGUCCUGGAGCUUCAGUGAGGCCUCGGUGGCCUGCAGGCAGCUGGGCUGUGGCUCUGCAGUGCAGGUCUACAGCUCCUCUCCGUCUGGGACGGGGGGCAGUGGGGAGUGUCUGAUGGGGGUUCAGUGCUCCGGGAGAGAGGCUCACCUGGGGAACUGCAGCACUCCACACAACCUCACCUGCAGCUCCAGGGAACAGGUGUCCAUCGUCUGUUCCAAUCACAGGUCUCUCAGGCUGGUGGGGGGAGGGGGGGACUGUGCGGGACGGUUGGAGGUGUUCCACAGGGGCUCCUGGGGGACAGUUUGUGAUGACUCCUGGGACCUGGAGGAUGCUCAGGUGGUGUGCAGGCAGCUCCAGUGUGGGACGGCCCUCAGUGCCCCGCUACCCUCCUUCUUUGGGCCAGGAAAUGGAUCUGUCUGGCUGGAUGAAGUGGGCUGUGUGGGGAACGAGACGUCCCUGUGGGACUGUCCCACAGCCGGAUGGGGACAAACUGACUGUGGACACAAGAAGGACGUGGGGGUCGUGUGUUCAGAAUUCAAGGAGAUGAGACUGGCCGAGGGCUGUUCUGGGAAUUUGGAAGUUUUCUACAACGGCACCUGGGGCAACGUGUGCUACAAUCAAAUGACUAGAGACACGGCUACUCUCAUAUGUCAGGAGCUGAACUGUGGGAAGAGCGGAUUUGUGUCUAAAACACAGUCAAGACUGGAAUCAGCUCCAAACUGGCUGGAUCAAUUCAGAUGUCGCCGACAUGACUCCACUCUGUGGCAGUGCCCAUCAAAGCCUUGGGGUGAGAAUACCUGCGGGCAAACCAGCGUGGCAUCGCUUAACUGCACAGGGGAAGAGGAUGAUGAAGUUCCACGAAGCAAAUUGUCAUGUUCCUCAGCAGCAAAUCAGGGAGCUUGCACAAGUCACUGGCCCCUCCGGCUGGUGGGGGGUGCAGGCAGGUGCUCUGGGAGGCUGGAGGUGUUGCACGAGGGCUCCUGGCGGAAGGUGUGUGGAGACUCCUGGGACGCGAUGGACGUCCAGGUGGUGUGCAGACAGCUGGGCUGUGGGUCAGCAGGAAAGGCUCAUAGUAAUGCUACAUUUGGGACGGGGAAGGACGACCCCUGGCUGACUGAGGUGAACUGCAGGGGCACUGAGAUGCACCUGUGGGACUGCCCACACCAGCACAGCCGCUGCCCACACCAGAACCAGGCUGGGGUCACCUGCACAGUUCCUUUAUCUGAGUCCAGCUCCACUGCAGGUACUCCUGCAAUGACUACACAACCAAAAUCACAGCCAGUUAUGUCCGAGCAGCCAGUGCCCGUACCAAAGGAGGCUCCGCCCAGCCCGUCUAUCCCAGCAGUGGCCUUCCUGGUGAUGGGGGCGCUGUUGUUCCUGCUGCUGGCAGUGCUGGGUGUUCUGCUGUUCCAGAACAGAGCGCUGAGGAGAGCCCUGUCUGAAUGGGACCACGCCCCUCUGCAUGAAGCCGUCUACGAGGAGAUCGAGUACAAACUGGCUAGAGGGGGAACCUACAGCGCCCCCCGGUGGGGGAGUGGCCUAUCAGAGGAUCCGCCCUCUGGGUAUGAAGACGUGGGGGACGGCGAGGGACACUCCCUCUCAGGGGACCUGGUGAUGGAGGACACACCGGAGAACUAUGAUGAUGUCAUCCCAGCAGAUAAGCGUCCAGACAGUGUGCCAGGGGAGCUGGUGGAGGGAGAUGCACCAGAGCACUAUGAUGAUGUCAUCACUAUGCAGCCGGGCCCAGACGCUUUUCCAGGGGAUCAUGUGACAGACACAGAGGAGAAUUAUGAUGAUGCCGUAACUCUGGACUGGAUUGAAGUGGGGGAGAGUGUUCUGGCUGAAAGCCCUCCAGCUCCCAGUGGGAUGAACUAUGAUGACGUGGGGGAGUAGCCUCCUGGAAGAGGAGGAGCACUGUGAGAUUGACAGUUCUAACUUUGGAAGUGUCCACCCUCAAGUU